GCCACCCUGUGCACCGCAAGAUGGCGGCAGCCAUGGUUGCAGGCCCCUCAAACAAGGUGGCUAAUCCCACGAAAGGCAGCAUGAGAUCCACAGCGCGAAUGACCUCACUAUCGUCGCUAAACAGAGGAGCCCAUUUGCCCCUGAGGGCAAGCAUCAGCGAAAGCCCCACCACUCCUCCUACUGCCAUAAGCGCUGCCCCGACAUGGGCGGACCUGCGCGCGACUCUUGCGCGCUUCGAGCCCAGCUCGUUGGUGAUCCGAAUGCUGGCCGUCUCCACCAAGCUGUACACCAGAGUGAAGUAGAGGUAGGAGAGGUUGGAAGCUAUGGCCAUGGCGGCCACGUUGACGGCCUUAUGGGGAAGAAGACCGGCGAGGAUGGUCAUCACCUCGUAGCACCACCACUCCAGAGCUAUGGCAAAACAGGACACAAGGGAGAGAGACACGAGAGGCCGGAGGUUGAAGAAGCAGUGCCGGGAGAAGCCAGUCCAUGUCGCAUUGUAGAAGACGGCGAUGGCGAAGACGAGGCAGAGGAGGAGGACAAGAUCGGAGAGGAAGAGCGCGAGCGCCACACCCGUCGGUCCUUUAUCCAAGACCUCCACCAGGACCCAGCUGGCACCCCACUGCAGUCCCAGUGCCAGUCCCGUGGCGAUGACGAUGGGCCCGAUGAUGGACUGGGCGCGAAGGAAGGCUCCCAAGGCAUUGACCCCAGCGCAGGCGGCAAGAUCUGGAAGGAGCAAAGGCAGGAAACUGCCGGCUUCCGAGACGAUGUCGGGAUCUUGGCCUAUGGCGAGGAGAAGGGGAGGGACGGCAAACCAGCAAGCAGUGGUCAGCAGGCCCAGCGCCAAGAGGAUGAGCAAUCCACGCUGAAGGGUCAAGGAGAGUGCAAGGAAGUUUCACUCUCCGUAAGCCUUGCCGCAGAGAAUCUCGAUCCCGACGGAGGCCCCAGUUUGGAUGCAAAAGCCGGUCAGCACCGACGUCAGUGCAGCAGAGGUCGAGGUCGUCAUCAUUCUCUUCCAGCAGUCCGAUCCCUGUCUCGCUCAUUGGAUGGAUACGGAGCCCAUCGCGGCAAGCAGGAGAGUCGGCAUCACCGAGAGAAGGACGAACAAGGGGAGGUUGUGUCGGAGAGGACUCAGGAGGAGGAGGAGAAGGAGCAGGGAAUGGUGCAGGAUCAGUCGCCAUAUCGGCUCCAGAAGAAUCGUUAUACGACGGGGAGGCUGGCGACGAAGCCUCCUCGCGUUCUCUGUUAUGAAGAAGAGCAGUGCAUUGCUCAAGGGCAACCGUUGUCAUCGGAAGCUUCACUGCUACACAGUGUCACAAGAUCGCAGACGUAAAACUCUUGCAGUGAGGAAGAGUUAGUCGAUUGAGUAUACGAGGAAGCGGCGAAGGUAGACAGGAAGAGAAGAAAAAGGUUACGUACUACUCUAGUAGUCAUGCACUCUUUGCACACAAGAUCAUCAUCCCAUGUGUGGACUCGGCGAGUUCAAUAGAUCCGUCUUUCUGUUUUCGAUCCGCAAUCCCGUUCCGUCUUGCUGUCGUGAGCGUGAGGUGAGCAAGGAUCAGCGGAUCGCCUACUGGGUACGUAAGCUGUACCACGA